UCCCUUCCCUCUCUCCGCCUCCGUCUCCACCUUUCUCUCUCCCAUACCCCUCCCUUUCUGUUCCCUCCAUAUCUUCCCUCCACUCUCCCUUCCACCUUUACAUCACUCCUCCUCUCCACCUCUCACUGACGCCCGCUCCCCCCGCCCCUUCUCCUCCCUGUUCCCUUUCUCUGUCUCCUCUCUGACUUGUUACUCCUCUGUCUGUCAGUUUCGUACGGAGUCGCUCGUCUCUGGGAAAUGAAAGUGAAAGUGAAGGGGUGGGUGCGGAGAGAGAGAGAGACAGAGCAAUCACAGCCUUGGGUGCACAGAACUGCAUUCGGAGCCGCAGCGGAGGGAGACUCAGUUUCUCGGAUGAUGCCACGGCUAAUUGUGCUGCAUCGUACAGAACUGAUGUGAAUCUUUCGGACUGUCUUUGCUGACAGAGGUCAGUGGCUCCGAGAAUUACAUUGAACAGCCAACUGUCUUAAACUGACGGUGCCCUAAGUGUGACAUUAUCACAGAAUUCUGGCAUCUGCAGCACAAAGGAUACUUCUGGGAAGAAGGCUUCAUCACAGCAAUCAGCGACAAACUCUUCCGAUGAGCCAACAGCCUGGACAUGGAGAAAGGUCCGAGCCAGCUGCAAUCUCAGUGGCCCUACACCAGUGGCAAGUUCCACAACGGUUUAGUGGGACUGUAUAAUGGUGGCCUGACCUGCUGUGUCAAUGCACUGCUGCAGAGCUUCUACCUAACGCCCGAAUUCACAUCCAGACUACAGCAGUGGGAUCAGAUGCAAAAUGAGUCUGAUGAGAGGAGCAUCCCUUACUGCUUGUGUCGAUUGUUUGACCAGAUGCAGACCUCGAAGUCCGGUAAAGUGAGCGCAGAGAUUUUUCUUCGCUGUCUUAGGUUGAACCAUGUGAAAGCGUACACACAGAAUGAUGCAGCAGAAUUGUUUCUCACCAUCUUUAACCUCUUACUGGAUCAGUUACAAACUCCACAUAUUGUUGAGGAGAUGAAGAGGCUAUUUGAGAUUAAAGUGGAGCAGUUUGUGAAAUGUCAGUGUGAUGAAGUCACUGUGAGAGACAACAAGUUUUGGAGCCUCCCUGUGCCAGUGAAAGAGACCCAGGAUGGUGAAGAUUUUACACUGGAAGAUGGCUUGAAGAUGUUUUUCUCUUCCCAGCCAGUGAGGAGAAAUAACAGAUGCUCAAACCACGAUUGCAAGAUGAAAAGCCCAGCGCUAAAGGGUUUCAAGCUUAUCUCAGUCCCUGAGGUCCUGAACCUGCAUCUGAAUCGAUUCUGUGCUGCGUCAAAUCGAGAAGGUUUCACCAGGAAGAUCUACAGCUUGGUGACAUUUCCCGAAACCCUAAACCUCAACCAGUUUCCGAACUCAGAAAGAAGCCAGAAAUAUGGAAAUUCCCAGGAAUCUUGGCAAUACCAACUUUAUGCAGUGCUGGUUCACAGUGGAUGGGCAUCGUUAGGACAUUACAUUGCAUAUGUAAAAUCCUUCAAAGACUCCAUGUGGUAUGAACUGAAUGAUAGCAAUGUGUUUCAGGUGAACUGGGCCGACAUUACACGGACCUUUGGUGGCCCUUGCUCCAAAUUGACAGAGACUGCAUACAUGCUGCUGUACAGGAGAGUGAAGACAGAGGAUACGAAACCCCCUUCUGGUGCACAAGCUGAUGGCUUGUGAAGAACACAGCCCAAAGAUGUGCAGGCUAGGUGGAUUGGCCAUGCUAAAUUGCCUGUAGUGUUCAGGGAUGUGUAGAUUAGGUGGAUUAUAGGGUGAUGGGUCUGGGUGGGAUGCUCUGGGGGCCAGUGUGGACUUGUUGGGCUGAAGGGCCUGUUUCCACACUGUAGGGAUUCGAUGAUCUUCGACGAUGUCUUAUUGAAGCAUAAUCUGAUCUUUCUCAUUUCUGUAAAGACUGCUGUCAAUAACAAUUUGCAUUUAUAUGGCACAUUUAGUCACAGGAGCAUUCUCAAACAAAGUGGCCACCACAUCAUAAUGUGAAAAGGUAAGUACAGCAAACAUUUUAUUGACUGGCAUCCAUAGGACUGGGAGCGUACCAGUUGAUCAAAUAUUCCAGUUGAUCAAGAGGUCCACAUAAUCAAUGUAAAAACACACACUAAGUAAUAGAAACGUAAUAGAAACUUUUGCUGGUUUAUUGAGGAUGCCAGUUCAUAAGGUGCUGGUUAAAACAAAGUUUGCUGUAUUAAGGUGUGCCUUAAUGGAAAAGAAAGGGGCUUAGCGUGGGAGUUAGGAAGGGAAUUCAACAGCAACAAUCCUGGUACCAAUCUGAACGCAAGCUGACAAAUAGGAAAGUGAGAAUCAGGCAUGUGCUAGCACCAAUUGGAAGAGUGCAGAUAUUCUGGACAAUUGGUGAUCUGGGCCCAAUAUUUUUCAAAUUGAGGCCAUAUUAGAUUAGGAGCCAAUAUAAUAAUUAUGGGGCUAAUUGCAACAAACAAGUGCAGCAGGCUUUGGCCUGGAAUUCACAAGCUGAAAGGUAACAACCCUAAAACUGACACAGAGAUAGUAAGAACUGCCGAUGCUGGAGUCUGAGAUAAUACAGUGUGGAGCUGGAGGAACACAGCAGGCCAGGCAGCAUCAAAGAAGCAGGAAAGCUGACGUUUUGGGUCAGGACCCUUCUUCAGAAAUCUCUCGAAUUAUUUCAUCCAAUUUGUUUGUGUAGUUGCAGAUACAUUUUGUUUUGCUCAAAAAAAAACCUAACCCCAGUUUAAAACAUAGACAGAUUCUAAGCAAGACCACACACCUAAAAUGCAUUAUCUGACCUGAGAUGUCACUUCUGGUAUACAUUGAUAAAACCUUAAUUACCUCGGGACAAAGACUGGAAAGGAAUCUGGAUUUUGCAUUUCAAUCAGUAGUCUCCUUCCUAAUUGAUUAAAGAUUCAACAAGAGGUGUCCAGUUUUGGGGUUUUUACCUUUCAGCUUAUAAGUUCUGUGUCUUAUAUCCCCUCUCACACACUACAUGUGAGGAAGGAGCUGAGCUACAAAAGCUUGCAUUUUUCAAAUAAAACUGUUGGACUAUAACCUGGUGUCAUAUGAUUUGUGAUUUUGUCCACCAUUUCUCCUAUCCCGGCAUCUCCACAUCGUGACUUUGGCCUGAGUUGAGGUUCAGCGGAUGUGGAAGUCACAGGAUACCAGGUUGUAGUCCAACAGGUUUUUUGAAAUCACAAGCUUUUGGAGCACUGCUCCUUCGUCAGGUGAAGAGGUUUAGAGGGUGGAAGGUAGGAUACAGGCCAACAUGUCAGCACUUGUGGAUGCAGUGGGGGAGGGGGGUCUGCUGCUUCUUGCUAUCUCUUUAUGUCUUUAGACUUAGUGAUUCACAAUGGGGUUGAUUGUAUUUUACCCUGGUAAUUGGUGUUUGCUGGGAAAUGAUCAGAGAUUCAUUGGAGUGGAAGUUGAUUGUUUUCACGGUCACACUUUGUGUAGUUACAACAUUAAUAAAAGGGAAUUGAUGGUGCAA